AUGGCCGAGUUCGUUGACCCCCGGAUGACUAGUGUCAAGCCCCGCAUCCGCUAUAACACCAUCGGAGGCAUUAACGGACCACUGGUCGUCCUCGACAAUGUUAAAUUCCCCAGUUUCAACGAAAUUGUCUCACUGACUUUGCCCGACGGCACGGAGCGUUCCGGUCAAGUGUUGGAGGCCAGAGGAAAUCGAGCUGUUGUGCAAGUGUUUGAGGGUACUCCCGGUAUCGAUGUGAAGAAGACCAAAGUAGAGUUCACUGGUCAUAGCUUAAAGCUUGGUGUGUCUGAGGACAUGCUGGGUCGUGUGUUCGAUGGAUCAGGACGUGCUAUCGACAAAGGCCCUAAAGUGCUUGCGGAAGAGUACCUGGAUAUUAACGGCCAACCUAUCAACCCUUAUUCUCGAGUUUAUCCCGAGGAGAUGAUCUCUACCGGUAUCUCUGCUAUCGAUACCAUGAACUCUAUUGCUCGUGGCCAAAAGAUUCCAAUCUUCUCCGCUGCCGGUCUUCCCCAUAACGAGAUCGCUGCGAGCAUAGCCAGACAAGCAAGUCUAGUUAGACCCACCAAGGAUGUACAUGAUGGCCAUGACGACAACUUCUCGAUUGUCUUCGCUGCCAUGGGUGUGAACAUGGAGACUGCCCGAUUCUUUACCCGCGAGUUUGAGGAGAACGGUAGUAUGGAGCGUACUACUCUCUUCAUGAACUUGGCCAACGACCCGACAAUUGAGCGUAUCAUUACUCCUCGUCUGGCUUUGACGACUGCUGAAUAUUAUGCCUACCAGCUCGAGAAGCACGUUCUCGUUAUCAUGACCGAUCUUUCAGCUUACUGCGACGCUUUACGUGAAGUCUCUGCUGCCCGUGAAGAAGUUCCCGGUCGUCGUGGUUACCCUGGUUACAUGUACACAGAUUUGUCAACUAUCUAUGAGCGUGCUGGUCGUGUUGAGGGUCGUAAUGGCUCUAUUACCCAGAUCCCUAUCUUGACUAUGCCGAACGAUGAUAUCACGCAUCCUAUUCCCGAUCUUACUGGAUAUAUCACAGAGGGCCAGAUUUUCAUUGAUCGCCAACUGGCUAACAAGGGUGUUUACCCGCCAAUCAACGUCCUGCCCUCACUUUCUCGUCUCAUGAAAUCUGCCAUUGGCGAGGGCCGUACGCGCAAAGAUCAUUCAGACGUAUCCAACCAGCUCUACGCUAAGUACGCUAUCGGUCGUGACGCUGCCGCCAUGAAGGCCGUCGUUGGUGAAGAGGCCCUUUCCUCUGAAGAUAAGCUCUCUCUGGAGUUCCUCGACAAAUUCGAGCGUACCUUUAUCAGCCAGUCUGCCUAUGAGUCUCGCACCAUCUUCGAGUCUCUUGAUAUUGCUUGGAACCUACUUCGCAUCUACCCCAAGGAACUCCUCAACCGUAUCCCGAAGCGUACCCUUGAUGAGUUCUACGCCCGCUCCGCUCGCAAGAUUGCUAGCAAGGAUACCCGCGACAACUCGGGCGAGCGACAGGAUACCUCGGCGCAACAAAGUACCAACCUUAUUGACGCAUAA